AUGCGCAUCCCAGCCAGCUUUUACACACCCAGGGCCCAAAUCAUACAACGGGUCUUCAAAUCUUCAAAUCUCCGUAGCUCUUCCUCGCAUGCUCUUCGCACGUUGGUCGCUGGUGACGUGGCUGACGUCCUGCAGUUGUCGACGGACACCAAACUGCUGGAGGUUUACGUGCUGACCAUUACAUUGACCAUAUCAGGCUGUAUGCUCAAGAGACAAACACAGGGCCUUUGCGAUACCGUCUCUGCUGGGGCCCCGCUUGUUCUGAGGAAGUAUCUUGCCAUGUCCAUGGGAGCCGCCACCGUAACAGACGGCAAUGUGGGCCACAAGCCAGUUCAACAGUACCGGAGUAGGGGCAAGCAACUUAUCUUGGAGCAUUGUUAG